GGGUUUGGAGCGCAGGCGCGCGUACCCAUUUUCAAAGCUCCCACUUCCAAACUUUUCGGAGCCUCAGAGCGUUAGAGCUGCUUGUGGAGUUAACUUGCGAGACGCCAUCGUCAGAGAAUCGUGUGUACCGAGUGUGUGCGUUGUGUUAUUUAAUUCGACAAGUGAAAUUUAUCAUCUAAAUAUUGUUAUACCAAAUGGUUGUGCUUGAAGGUGGCGGUAUGUUGUCUUCAAACGGAAAUCAAUACUUACAACCGGAUUAUUUAUCUCCGCUUCCAACUACGUUGGAUGCAAAGAAAAGUCCCUUGGCCCUACUGGCCCAAACAUGUAGUCAGAUCGGAGCUGACUCACCAUCAUCAAAACCUUUGAUAUCUCCGUUGGAUAAGCCAAAGAAGAACUCAUCCGACGGUUCGCGUUCGUCUCCGGCAAGUGCUCGUGAUAAAACCGAAAAGUCCGCGUCGCGCAGCAGCCCGACGGAAACAAAACUUGCGUUCAAGCCUUACGAAACCAAUGUGAUCACAAAGCGCAGCGACGAGUCGCGUCCCUCUUCAAAAUCGGGCAACACUGACGACGAACGGAAGCCGGAAACACCGCAUCGGAAAACCGCCUCGCCAGCGAACAGCACGUCAACGCCAGUGCCGGAGAACGGAAAGACAAGCCCUCCGUCGGAUCGCGAACGGAAAUCAUCUACACCACGCGGUGCGUCACCAAUCAUCCGAUCAGGUCUGGAGAUGCUUCAAGGCACCACAAAGGAUACCGGAUUGAGUGCGUACAAACCUCUAAGCGGAUUACCCGGUUCUUUGUCAGGAUCUUUAAGUUCACUGUGUUGCCCACCUGGGCUGGAACAUACGAAUCCAGCUUUCCGACCACCAUUUCCCGGUGGUCCCUUCUCACAUCACCACGCUGCUAUGUUAGCUGCAUCUGGAUAUCCUGGUACCACCCCUGGUCCGUACCUAAGUUAUGCGCGAGUGAAAACGCCAGCCGGCGGCGAAGCGUUAGUACCGGUAUGCAAGGACCCCUACUGCACGGGCUGCCAGUUCAGUAUGCACAAUCAGCAGUUAUUGAUGAGCGGUGCCGCAGCGGCGGCCGCCGCUAGUGGUCCGUGUCCCAGUGGAUGUACCCAGUGCGACCAUCAGAAGUACAACCUUGCGAUGGCGAUGUCCCUAGUGCCUCCUGGAGCGGUACAUCCGUCUUCCCUGGCAUACCCCCAACUGGGCAGACCGUUGAUCUGCAAUUGGAUAGCUGGGGAUACCUAUUGCGGGAAGAGGUGUGUUACUUCCGAGGAGCUAUUACAACACCUUAGGACACACACCAACGGUGCGGAUGCUGCAGCAGCUGUUGCCGCCACCACCACCGCUGCGUCGUCCCUAAUGAACGCACAUUCAUUAUUCUCCACCUCAGCGUUGCACAGAUACCCUAAUCCGCCUUUGAGUCCACUCUCGGCGGCGAGGUAUCACCCGUACGCCAAACCAGGUGUUCCUGGUACCCUGGCCGCCUCUCCGUACAGCGCCUUCAAUCCGACCACCUUAGGACAAUACUACUCACCGUAUUCAAUCUACGGUCAGCGACUGGGCGCCGCCGUGCAUCCCUAAACGAUAUCGUGUCCGGUUCUUGUUGAUAUUUAUUUAUUACCGAUAACAUGAUUCGUACACCCGGGCUUGCAGACGCUUAUGUUGCAAACAGGUCUGCGUUUGUCCAACACGUUCUACUGUGAUAAUAUGUAAAUAACUACAUUUUCUCGAAGCAGACGCUAUUUGACGAAGAAACAAAUACGAAAAGUGCAAUCUACAAAAAAGAGAGAAACGAAUUCUAUAUUGUAUGAACUCUUAGUUAUUCGCAAAGCGGGUAGUCUUUGCGUGCGGCCCGCUUUGAACUUAUUAUUAAUCGUUUUUGUUAAUUAUCUCUUCCUACUUGUAUAUUUAAAGAACAAACUUAUAUAUUGCAUAAAAGAAAAUCCAACAUGAUGGAGAAUAUAAUACACAUUUUGUAUAGCAUUAUAAAGUAAACAAAAAAAUAAUGACGAAGAAAUUACAUACUGAUACUGAGGUUGAGUUUCGAUGAUGAUGCUUUAAUAAAAAUGUUUGUAGACAUAACAUCGA